ACCCCACUCAGCCAAGCCAACCCAGACAAACACCACUCAUGCCGUCGUCGCCGGCGACCAUCUUUCAACCCCAAUUCCUUAUUUACCCAUCCCUUAAAGCCACUCCACUCCACGAACAUCAAUGGAAAACCCUUUCUCUUUUAUUUCCCUAAGGGUCCAAAAAUCCCAAGCCGAAGAACUCAACCUAAAUCCAAAAAUCUCAAACCUUUCUCUUUCAACCGAAGUACUCAACCUAAAUCCAUUUAUCUCACAAACCCAAUUGAAAAACUUCCAAGCCUUCACGGGUCUUUAUCCAAUUUCUUCAAAACAUAGAUUACUGCUACAUCGGUGGUAAGUGAUGGGUAUUAGGACUCGGAUAACUAGUUCUCCAACUCACUGGACCACAGGUUGGCCAAAACGAGUUGCAGAACCUAAAAAGGCAAGAGAAAUAGAAAGAGAGAUGAGACAGGAGGAGAAUGGUGAAGAAGAGAAAGGGAGACCGUGAACAUAUGGUUUAUCCGGCCACCAGAUGGAGAGGUGAUCACGACGGCGAAGUGCUAGGUGUUUGCAGAGUUAUAUGGGUGUGUAAUUUGAAGUGUAAUGGGAUUGUUUUUAUUUUUGUUUAAUCUCAGUGUUUUAAAUUAGAAAAAAAAUAUUUAAUAAUGAAAUUAACUAUAGUUAUAACAUAAGACAGAUGGCAGGCAUAUAAAUGUAUGAUAAACAUACACUAAGAUUAUUGUGGGUGAGCAAAAAUGCAGCCAUUCAAUAAUAUGUGGCGGGUUAAUAUACCAAGGUAUCCGUUACUCUGUCCGAGAUUCCAAAACGCUCAAUAAAAACCCUCGCGAGAAACCUCAUCGGCUGCUGGGACCUCCGCACAGGCGCCGAGCAAAUCCGCUACAAAAUCUGCGCCUCUCCGCCUCACGGCCUCAUGUGCGUUGGCAAACGGUUCAUCGCUUCCUCUUAGCUCCGCGAGCCUUCUGCCACCUCUGGCUCUGUCCAGUACCGGUCCUGGUCCAAGCCGCAAGUUGAUGUCCAGGGCUUCCCAGAAGAACCGAUUAAUCCGCUCGCUGCGAACAGUGAAGGCUCGUACAUUGUUGGCCGAGGCUCAAUGGGGGGAGGUUAAUGCUGGUAGACUGCUUAAGAAAUGGCAUGCUCACUAGUCACUACAGAGGUGUUAGUUACUUGGUAUUCUCGGAUGAUGGCACCCUGUUGAUUUCGGGGUCGGAGGAUGGAGGCAUUGGAAUUUGGUCUUGGGUUAUUUGAUGAUAAUCAAAGUCAACAGGAAAGCAACCUGUGCAUGCAUAGCUUUACGGAGCACACUCUGUUUAACGGUUGUUGUCGUAGGAUAUGGUGGAUGCAAAGCCAUUAUCGUGUCAGCAUCUCAGGAUCACACGUGUUUGGAGCGUAGGAAGUGGGAGAUUGUUGAGAAAUAUUGUUUUCCCUACUAUAAUUGAUGCGAUUGCACUGGAUCCUGGUGAAAAUGUCUUCUUUGCCGGUGGUAGAGAUGGCAAGAUAUACGUUGCUGCACUUAAUGCUGGGAGCCCACUGAACAGCAAGUAUGGGUUCCAUAUCAUCGAUUGUUUCUCGAAUCACAGGUCCAGCAUUUUUCUGCGAAAUAUAUUGAAGACCUCAAACAAGUCUGGAGCUCUUUGCAUUAUACUGUACACACACACACACACAAUUAAUGUGCCUAUGUCUAGGCGAUCUUCAUUCUGCCCGAAAGCAAAGGAAAAGAUGAUUCCGAUGAAAUCUGUAAUGCAGCAACCAACCACCGGUUCUAGGAAUGCAUGCAGCUUUGUCUCCCUUUCCAUCUCACUUCCUCUCCUGCGUUCAUUAGCAGCACUCGCAACAGUCAGGCAGGUAGCAUUGUUUGUACACCCUGGAACUGCUAGUAGCUAAAUCAGAAAACUGGAAGUCUGCAAAAUUUUGUGACCAUAAACUGUUACUUUCUUGCAUAUAAUUUUCGGUUUAAAGUUGCUUAUUAUAGUCUCAAAUCCAGAGAUUUUAAAAAUAAAAUAAAACC